UCGUCAGCGGGCCCAAAGCAUCUCGUGACUUCAGAGAAACCAGUUGUCCCAACAACCCGACAUUCAGUGCAGCGCGCGCUCCCGUUUUCCUCAGUUCGGUUCGGUGUUUUUCCGUUAGCGGAUUUUCCGCAGCUUCUACGUCGGUGUAACGCUUCAAGAUGGCCAGCAACACCCAGGGCAUCCAGCAGCUGCUGGCCGCGGAAAAGAAAGCCGCCGAUAAGGUUGGCGAAGCGCGCAAACGCAAGGCACGUCGUCUAAAGCAGGCCAAGGAUGAGGCCACGGAAGAGAUUGAGAAGUACCGUGGGGAGCGUGAGCGCACCUUUAAGGACUUCGAAGCCAAGCACGUUGGCUCGCGCGAAGGCGUAUCGAACAAGAUCGAUGCCGAUACCCGCGUUAAGAUCGACGAAAUGAACCGUGCCCUCACGACCCAGAAGGAACCGGUCAUCCAGGACGUGCUGUCGUUCGUGUACGCCAUCAAGACGGAACUGCACAAGAACUACCGUCAGUAAUGGCCACUCGCUUUUGCCAGCAACUGAUGUGCUCCGCAACAUUCGAACAUUCCGACGGCAUUCCCGGAUGAUACUCCGAGCGCCGUUUUUUCCCCCUCUAUGAGCAUCAUGUGAAUCGGCUCGGGGACACUGAAUUAACACCUUCUUGUCUUGUUUUUUUUUCUCUCUGUUGCUCCAUUCGCUCCACACACCUCUCGAGACACCUGCGUAACGAUGAAAUCGCCGGCCAAGAGAUAACAACCCUUCGUCUCGGCCGGGGUUGUGUGUGUGACGAUUGUUUUAUCUUUUGAAUGUUGGAAAAGUGACGUUUUUGUUGUUUGCUAUCAACCGAAAAUGGGGAGGGAGCAAAGUAUUCACUUCAUUUAUGUUUUAAAAUGUAACUGUAAGAUUAUGUAAAAAGGAAACGCUCUAGGAUAUACUUAAUAAAGAUUUAAGAACCAAUUCCA